GCCGCUGAAACUGAUCGCGAUUCAAAAACUACGUCCAUAGUUCGUGUAUAUAUGUGUUUUAACAACUUUUGAAUAAGCAAAUACAAAGCGUGCGCGUUUUUGUUGGCUGCAUUGAUUUGACGCCAUCAUUGAACAUCGUCAUAAAUUGCCGGGCAACAAAAUUAAUAAAGGCCGAAAGCGUGUGGAAAGAUGUUAAACUGAAAUUGUGUUUACUCGAGUGUGUGUGUGUGUGUGCGUGUGUAAGUGAGAAAAAAGCUGCCAACAGGCGCCAAACAUUUAUUUUCAAAUUCGUCUAUGGCCUAAGGACAAUUAAUAAGAAAAUCGAACUAAAAAUUACAAAUAUUUGAGUUUUAAUAAAAACGUAAUACUUUGUGCGACAGCUGCCAUGCGGAAAUUUUAACAACGUUUGUAAAAAUCGUACAGGAAUAAAGCCCAUUAUUGCUUCAGACAUUUCACAUUCAUCAAACAAAAAAAAACAAACAAAGUAAUAAUACUAAAGAAAAAAAGAGAAAUUCUGAAUCAAAAUCAAUUAAUUGCUGUUAAAAUUGUUAAUUAUAAUUGUUAACAGUACACAACAGAACUUGAUGCGCAAAAUGUAAAUAGCUUAAGUUAAGCAACCGUUAAUACAUGUGAAUAAUUAUGUGCAAGCGGCUGACAAAAUGGUGAUAAAACGGUGCUAAGCUCAGAAAAAUCCCAGUUGGUUGGUUGGUUGCUAACAAAAUAAAUACAUAUAUAGACUUUGUUUGUUUGUCUAUGAAAAAUGAAUUAUAAGAAUGAAGCGGAAAUGAAUGAGAUCUUGAAUGGCAAUACACAAAACAAUCAUCAUUCUGCCAAAUUACCGAGUGGGAAUAAUUGCAGUACAUCGUCCACAGAUUCGGGCGUUAUAUUUAUUGAUAACGUUGCCACAUUCAAUAAGUCGCAAAAUGAAAAGGCAACGGCCAAAGAAACAGAUUACAACAACAGCGCUGAGAUAAGGAAAGGAACUGAUAAUAGCACCAUUCCGAUAGCGGAAGUGCAACGUAUAAGCAUCGAGCAAACAGUGAACAUUAAGAAUGCGCCACCAGUGUCAAAAGCCAAAAAAUGCUCGCCCACCCUCUCCAUUCGAAGCACAACCAUCUCGAUAGUGUCCAUCGAUGAAAACGCUGUCGACUCUAGUUGUAUCGAUAGCGACUCUGAGGCGGGAGAAGAUGCCGAUGCGGAGGGUGAUCACAAUGGGUACACGGUGCAGAAAUUGGGCCAACAAAUGACCUACCCGCCCAAUAGUGCAGAUUUGCCGCAGCUCAACAAGGGGCUGACGGUGAUCGGCCAACAGAUCAGACCCAACAACUUCCUGCCCAGUAAUGGCCUGAGCUUACCAGGCCCUGGAUUAGUCGCCGAGCAACUAAUCAAUGGAAAUUUGGCUGCUACGACCCCAACGACUCCGCAAGUUGCCGUCACAAACUCCACAGACGUCACCAUCGGUGACAAACAUUUCUACGAGGGCCCCGUCACGAUACAACAGUUUCUUAUUGAUAAUCGCGAGAAAUGGAAGGCAGUUGAUGGCGAUGGUCACGAUAAUCCAGGCUUCAACGGGACAGCGGCACCAAACGGUCCGGUAUCGAGCGCGAAGUCCGGCGAACCAGCCACAAACGCUUCAACGCUAUGCCCCGGCCUGCCGCACACAAUUGGUCGCAAGGCCCUUGUAAUAACCGGAACAUUUGUCCUGCUCACAAUUAUUCUCGGCGUCGUCCUGGCGCAGACAACGACGUUCUUUGAAGAAACGGUGCAUAAAAGUAAGAAUGCUGAUGGCGAAGAUUCCAGACAAAAUAUUCCAAUCAAUUCAACAAUAGGACAAGACAACAUUGGAGGUGGCAAGGUGCUGCGUUUUGUUGCACGUCCUGCUUGGCUCGCUCAGCCCCCCCAAAAUCCGCUCAAGGCACUGAAGCUGCCCGUCUCCCUAGUCUUGGUCAUGCCCACAAACACGGAAAACUGCUCGACACAGGCAGAGUGCACUUUUCGCGUGCGAUUCCGCCAAACGUAUGACAUAGAAUCGCUGCAAAAUGAUGAUGUGGCCUACAAUUUUCUAAUUGGCGGCGAUGGAAAUGUGUACGAAGGGCGUGGCUGGGACAAAGUGGGCGCUCACAUGAAGGGCUACAAUGAGCGUAGUCUGAGCUUUGCCUACAUAGGCUCCUUCCAGAAAAUACCGCCCUCGCCGAAACAGUUGAAUGUGACUAGCCUACUCAUUGCUGAUGGCAUACGACUGGGAAAAAUAGCGCCCAACUACAAGUUGAUGGGCGCCAUUACACUAGAGCCAACAAUUACCGAAUAUAAGGCCGAGCAGCUAUAUAAGAGUUUCAAUAACUGGCCACAUUGGUCUUAAUCUAAGCACUAUGAUAAUUUUUUAUCUUUUGCCGUUAAGCUUCUUAUUUACUAUAUAUGUAUUUUGUAUAUAUCUAAAAAGAGUGGCAUAUUUAAUUUAGUUAGAUAAGUUCAUGUUUACAAAAUUGUGAUACACACAUGGGAAAUUCUCAAAAAAUAAACAAAAAUGCAUUAAAAA